AUGGAGUUCACCGAGGUAAUCGAGGUAUUAGACCGUGGCAGUUCUAUAGAUGUCCAAUCGAAGCACACAUUUGAGUCUCUUAUGAUCGGCCAGAAGACGUUGGAACGACUCAAAGCCGCCCAAUUCGACCGCCCAUCUCCAGUUCAGGCGAAAGCGAUUCCAGUCGGAUUGUUGGGAAGAGAUAUGUUGGUUCAAGCCAAAUCGGGAACUGGAAAAACACUCGUUUUCUCAGUUUUGGCAGUCGAAAAUCUGGAUUUGAGAGCUUCUUAUGUACAGAAGAUCGUCAUAACGCCGACUAGAGAAAUAUCCACCCAGAUCAAGGAGACGAUGCGAAAAGUCGCACCGCCUGGAGCAAGAACUUCUGUCUACGUUGGCGGUUGCGGUCACAAACUCAACAUGAUCGAUCUGAAGAAGACUCGUCCCCAAAUCGUCAUCGGAACACCGGGACGCAUAGCUCAGCUUUUGAAACUGGGAGCCAUGGAUUUAUCCCAUGUCGACUUUUUCGUGCUCGACGAGGCCGACAAAUUGAUGGAUGAUGUGUUCCGAGAUGAUAUAAACAUCAUCAUCAACUCACUCCCACCAAUCCGCCAAGUCGCCGUAUUUUCGGCCACUUAUCCGCGAAAUCUCGAUAAUUUAUUGUCGACAUUUCUUAGAGAUGCGGCACUUGUUCGGUUCAAUGCAGACGACGUCCAACUCAUUGGAAUCAAACAAUACGUCGUCACAAAAUGUUCGCCAAUGUUGGAAAAGUUGACGCAUGUGCUGAAAUCGAUUCGAUAUGUUCAGGCAUUGGUGUUCUGUGAUCAGAUUGCAAAAUGCGAGCCCAUCGCUUCCCAUCUGAAAUCCGAAGGCCUCGACGUCACCUUCGUCUCCAGUGCAAUGUCUCAAAAGGACCGCCAACUCGCAGUCGAUCAACUCCGCGCGAAACGUGUCAAAAUCCUCGUUUCCUCCGAUCUAACAGCACGUGGAAUCGACGCGGAUAACGUGAAUCUGGUGGUUAACGUGGACGCAGCUGCCAACGAGGAGACGUAUUUCCACAGAAUCGGACGGGCGGCUCGAUUCGGAGCACACGGAGCGGCGGUGACUCUGUUGGAAGAUGAGAAGGCGUUGAAGUGUUUUACGGCACUGGCGUAUCGUGGAAAAGUAACAGUGAAACGAGUGGCGAGAGUAGAGAAUUUGCCAAGUGAUUUGGCGAAAAAUGUGGAUUUCUGGAUGGAUCUCCCGUUUUUUAUUGAUUUCGAGGAGAAAUCAAAAGUGAUCAAGGGACCGAAUGACUUGGAGAAAGUUCCCGAAAGAAAAGAAGCAGUGGAAGCGCUUCAGAGAGAAAGAGGAGAUUCUGGAGCCUCGCAGUAUAAAUAUGAUAGAAAUGGAAUGUUGGCGAUGAGAUUGGAAUCGCAACCCACGUCGUCUGAAUCGCAGACGAGUCAAGUAGAGAAGAACUCAGUAAAGGAGCAAGAUUCUCCAGAAGAGAUCACCAAAAAAGUAGAAGAAAUGAGUAUAGAAGAGAAAAAACAAGAUGAGGAGCCAGUUGUGGCACCGAAAAAGACGUUUAAAGAACGUCUGGCAGAGCUGAAACAAGCGAAAAAGGAUGAGAAAAAGGAGAUGAAUGAAACACCGAAAGUUGUGGAAAAGACUAAGUUUAAAUUCGUCCCCACUCGCGAGAAGGCCAAAAAGAAGUAUUACAUGCGUGGAGAGCUCCAACACAUCCGUGACGCCUUCACUGAUGAGCAAUGGCGUGCUUAUGCUGAAUCAAAGUUCGAUUUUAGUCAGGAGCCGUUCCUGGAUGCGUUUGGAUUCAGAGCGAGACGUGGAUCUUCGCCGAGAAUCGAGAAUGGAACGGGGGAUUCUGCGGGACCGUCGACAUCGACGUCUUCUGGAAAAGUCAAGAAAACUGGUCGAAAAUCGCCCGAGAACUCAUCAAAAUCAUCUGAAAAAAGCGAGAGUAAAGCGUUAAACAUUAUCAAAUACAGCCGCUACGAUAUGAAGAAAAUCCAAAAAGAAGUGCCAAAAAAUCAAUGGCUUCCAUAUGUAAAAUCGAAAUGGGACACUUCUGAUGAGCCAUGGGAACUCGAUCCAUCGAUGAGAUGUCCGUUCGAAGAACGACUCCGACGAAUUCGUCAAAAAGAGAAGAACGAGAGAAAGAAAGUGAUAGAAGAGCGAAAACGACAGAGAGAUGAGGAUCGGAGUGAACUUGUUUCAUUUGGAACGAUGACUCCUCGUCAUGAGAUUAAGGAUACAAGUUGGGAGGGUUAUAAGGCGAGAUUGAGGAAAGAUUUUGCUGAAAAGACGGCUAAGAGAAAGCAGGAUGAGCUGGAGGGAAAGCCGAGAAGUUUGACGAGAAUCGGACCGGUGGUCCCUGCUCGUGAUCCCCCUCACAUCUACCGUUACCGUCUGGAUAUGUACACACGACGUCUCGCUGAACAAGACGCCUGGUUGAUGCAAGAGACACGACUUCAAGAUGGAAAAAUUGCAGACGCUGGAAUUCAGACGGCGAUUCGAGAACUGGCGGAGCUCAGUUGUCAAACCGAUCCGAUCAAAUUCGAGCAGGAUUCAGAAGAUGUUGAAAAUAAAGAAGACGUUGACGAUGAGGAGUACGAGUAUUAUGACGAAGAAGAAGAGGAUGAGGGAGAAGAGUAUUACGAAGAAGAAAUCGAGAAAGACGAAUUCGAUCCAUUUGGGAUUCCGUCGUAUGAACAAGAACUCCGACGACAUUUUGGAGAUUCGCCUCAACAAGUUCCAUAUUGUGAAGUCGCUCAGGAAUACCUGGAUUAUAUGAAUUCGUUCCCGAGACCCCCACCACGAGUCGAUCCGAAUGAUCCGAGAUACUUUUUGAAAUAG